AUGGCUCAACUCGGCGCACUUGAUAGGUCCGUAGGCAUACUAGGAAUCUCCAGCGGUUCUCUCCUGCUUUUGGUGAACAGCUAUGCUGGUUCUCCUCAAGAAGACUCCAUCCCCCAUACCGCUCUGGGGAUUCUUCUCCUCAUCGUUGCAGCCCUCUUAGCUUAUGCAGGUGUCCGUCGCAGUCUGUCCCACGCCCAGCUGUUUUCGUCUCUGUGUCUGACUGUCUCUGCUCUGUGGUGUGGUUCAGGUCUGGUGUACAUCCUGGUGGGGCGUGGAGUGCUGCAGCCCACAGAGCAGAGAUCCUCUCUGGUCCCUGGUCUGGCAGCAUUUACUUUAGCUUUGCUCAUCAUAGGCAGCGUGGCGCUCAUAGUAAAUAAAACAGUUCUGUCUGUCAUAGCUGUCUCUAUUAGCUUAGCAUGUGCCCAUCAAAUCGCUGGUCUGUCAGCUGCAGGUUUUGGUCAGUCUGCCACAGCUGCUAACUACCUCUUUGUCUGUCUGGUCGGUGCUUACUUCGGAUUUGGGCGUUUGCUGUCAGCUAUCACUCAUGGUAAAGUGGAACUUCCAGGAACCGGCCAGAAGAGAAAAGCUGAGCUGAGAACAGAGCAGAACCAGGGGUGUGGUGAUGCAGUGUCAGUGGGUUUGGUAAUGAACUUGUUGUCUGCCUCGGUGUUAGCCUGUCCUCUGUUAGGUGUGGUCCCCCGGCUCUCCACUAGUCAUGUCCCCUGGCUUUGGACAGCUGGAGUGUUCCAGCUUGGCAUGUGUGUGCUCUUUUACAGAACCAUGGACACACUAGCUGCCACUUUUUAUGGGUUCACUGCUCUGUUGAAAUUUGCUGAAGGUUACAGUGCUCUCUUAUCCUUCUACUCAAUCCAGCCUUUCUCCCCUGUUCCCUUCCCCGUCGUCUUCUCUGUGCUUUUCUUCAUCCUGGCUCUGUUCAGUUGUCAGAAGAACCUGCUGGAGGGGCUCUACCAAUUAUUCUUUGUAGCCUAUUGUAUUGCCAUCGCAACCCAGCCUCAAGGCUUCUUCCAAGCAGGCACUCAGGGUGUACAGGCAGCUAUAUUUGUAGUCUCUGCCAUCAUGCUUUUAAUUACCACAUUCAAUAUGGUCUCCAGCACCGCGAUUCCCACAGGAAAGGGCCAUUUCAAAGCUUUAGUAACCAGGAUUCGGGGUCUUACUCUCAGAGCACAAGAUAAAGAGCUGCAUUCACCUCACCUGGGCUAUUCCAGAUAUGCAGAUGCAGAGGUGUUAGGCCACGCCUGCAGUGUAUUGGCUGCUUUUGCUGUCACAGCCACAGUUGGUAACAGAAAUCCUCUGUCUGUGCUGGUUCUGCCCUGGGUGGUGGUGGCUGGUGGGGCCCUCCAGCUGCUCUGUGGCUCAGUAGCUUUUGCUCGGGGUAAAACCUUUGAGAGCACAGUUUUUAUCCUGUAUGGGGUGAUGUGGACAGUGUGGGGGUUGACACGAUACGGCGGCCUGUACGGUGAAUCCAGAGGCUUUAAUGUGGCUGUCGGGAUCAUUAGCUUCAUGCUGUUUAACUGUUUAGUGACAGCUGCGGCACUGUUUCUAAAUGUCACUUGGUUUGCUUACGCCCUCACCUUCCAGCUCAUCCUCAUUAGCUUCCUGCUGGACGCAGUGGGUGCUCUGCCUUAUGGUUAUGACAUAGGAGUCACUAUCAUCUUUGGUCUCGUCAGUUUUUAUUGCUUCCUUUGCCACAUUUUCAACAGCACCUUCCAGUCCCCCCAGAUCCCCUUAGGGAAACCUUUAGUCAAGCUGAGUGGUGUUGGGGGAGGCGCACAUAUCUGUCCUCAUGUACCAGCCCGCAAGGCUACAUCUGUCCAGCAGAUUGCAGAAAUCAUGAAAAACGGUGGGAUAUGUGGAAUGCCUACUGACACUGUUUAUGUGCUGGUGGCAGCUUGCAACAGGCCUGAUGCAGUUGUUAAAGCUUACAGGGUGAAGAGGCAGGCGCAGGACCGACCCAUGUCCAUGUGGAUCUCCUCUAUCAAGCAGUUGGAGCCGGUGCGACACCUGCUGAGCCCUCUGCUGCUGGACUUCAUGGAGGCUGCAUGGCCCUCGUCCAUUAGCAUGGUGAUACCCAGAGGUCCAUGGAUGGACACUUUUGGUUUGGGAGAUGCUGCACAACACAUAGGGACUCCACAAAGCAUUGCUAUCAGAAACCCAGACUGUUCUGUGGCCACUCACCUCAUUAAUCUGGUGGGGCCCAUCGCAGUAACCUCAGCCAACCCUACAGGCGAGGCAGACACAACUCAUCACAACCAAGUUUAUGCCAAACUGGGAAACAAGGUGGAUGGUGUACUAUGUGAUGGCCCCUCCCCAGAGAACAUUGCAUCUACUGUGGUUGACUGCACUAAGAUUGAAACAGGACACAUUGGUUUCUUCAGAGUGGGUCUCAUUCCUAAAUCCAAGGUUCUUCAGAUCUUUGAGGAGGUUCAGAGGAGACACAGACAGGGGCACACCAAUUCAGCUUUUGAGUAUGAUCUGCAUCUACCAGAAACACACCAGGACGUAAGUUCAGAUGAGGACAACACAACAGAGUCGGGAAGAGGAACAGGAAGCGCAACACCAUCCACACACACAUCCUGAGCAAAAUCCAGUGCUCAAAAGUGGAUCAUUGUAUCAAUGAACUGCUUAAAAAUGCUGCCAUCUGUAACAUAAAUACACUGUUGCUUAUAAAGUUGGAAUAAAAUAUAUUUUACCUCUUCUCAUGAAAUGAUUGUUAUAUCUUCCCAACUCUUGAUUGAUCAAUCUCUUACAAUGUGAUUACUGAUGUGUAUAAAUAGGAAUAAAAAGAGGAAUGUGUCUGAAAACAAAAUUAUUCCAACUUUAUGGGCAAUAGUGUAUAUCAAGCUAAUAAAGUGUGUUUUUUAUCUGUGUGGUCUGUAGAGCAUUGAGUCAAUAUUGUAGUAUAACAACAUAAGUGCUCUUGGUAAACUUUUGGGAUACUGGAUUAAAUUGCACUACUUCUACACAAAUAACCUAUAUGUAUAUAAAUAAAAUACUA